CUUCCAGACAGCAUUAAUUAGCCAUGGCCACUCGACAUCUUCUUCUCAUCCUCCUCCUGACUUCCAUCCUCCACGCUGCCUCGUCCAUCCCGGGCAACUCCACCGUAGAUGCUCCGACCGCGACGGCCUACGACGUCCUGGAGCAAAACAACCUGCCGCGCGGUCUCCUUCCACUCGGUGUCAAGUCCUACGCCUACCACGACGGCGUCUUGGACGUGACCCUCUCUGUGCCCGAAGUGUGCGACUUCUUCGUCACCAUCGACGGCAGGAAGUACCUGAUCAGGUACGGCAACAGGGACGGCGGGGUCAUCGCACCAGGAUCCAUAACAAAAGUUCAUAGUGUGAGGAUGCAAGAUGCGUGGGGGUUGUGGCGUGGAUUCGCCGAGGUUACCCGCGUCGGCGACCAGCUAGAGUUCCUCGUGGCGGAACAAGAAACACGGUCGUUCCCGGUGAGCGCCUUCGCACACAGCCCCAGGUGCAACAAAGGGUCUGUUUGAUCAGCGGCGAGAAGUGUACGGCCCUUCUUAUCCAGGAUGAAUGUGUGUUGGGCGUUUCCCUUUGGCGUGUUCUUUUCUUUUGAACUUGUUCGAAUCCGUUCCCUUUUUUUUGUGUGUGGUUUCACUCUCUUGAGUUCGUUGUUUUCUACUUCUGUGAGUUCGUCGCUUAUGUAAUGUAAGGUGAAUAAAUUGAUUAAUUAUUGGCAAG